AUGGAUGAUUACAUUAAUGAAGAUGCCGACAUAAAACACAGAGCGUGGCUUCUACACUUUCAACAAAAAAGAAAUAAUUAUAAAUUUAAUUUAACAAAGAAAAAAAAUAAAAAAUAUAUUAUUAAAUGGAUAAAAGAAAAAGAUGAGGAAAAUAUAUUACAAAAAUGGACACAGAAAAAAAUAUUAAACGAGAAAUAUAAUUCAGAAGAUGAUAAAGACGAAAAAAUAAACAAGGAUGAUAUGAAAGUUCAUACAAAUGUAGAAGCUACUAACCCUAGUCGAAGAAGCUACCGAUUAAAUCUUCAACAACUUUUGAAUAAUAAUUUAACAACAAAAAAUUAUAUUGAUCCAGCAAGUGAAGACUCAUCAAACUCUGAGAUUGAAGGGUAA